AAUAAUAAAAAAUAAUCGCAAGAUACUCUGGCAGACUGGAACUCUGCUGAGCUGUAACCUUUAUAUAACGAUGCCAUCUCUGAUCUGUUCAUAAACAUUUAAACAAAUACAUUCAUCAAAUUUAAUUUUAUUCCAAACACGCCUCCAAAUUCUGAUCAUUUGAGAGACAGAACUCCGGCCGCCGUCGACGGCGGCGAACGAUUUUCGAGGUGAAUCAACGAAGCAAUUGCAACCUUUUUUUUUCUUACUUCGUUAAUCUUCGAGAAUGUUGCUCGAUCAGUACAUUAUUGGAGUUGGAGGGGUGAUCGCUUUAUUGUUGACCGUGACGUUUGUCUGGAAUAUUCGAUCGAGUAAGAGGAGAGAGAAUAAAUGUUCGUCGGAAAAUGGUGUUCCCGGCGUAACUACCACCGCUGUUUUCGCCGGUGAAUGUAGAUCCGAUGUGACUAGUUCUGACGUCAUUAUUGUUGGUGCUGGUGUCGCUGGUGCUGCUCUUGCUCAUACUCUUGGAAAGGAUGGUAGACGAGUUCACGUUAUAGAGAGAGACUUAGCAGAGCCUGAUCGUAUUGUUGGCGAGCUUUUACAACCAGGAGGAUAUCUCAAGUUAAUUGACUUGGGACUUGUAGAUUGUGUAGAAAACAUUGAUGCUCAACGCGUAUUUGGUUAUGCUCUCUUCAAAGAUGGGAAAAAUACUAAACUUUCUUAUCCUUUGGAGAAAUUUCAUCACGAUGUUUCUGGGAGAGGGUUUCAUAAUGGCCGUUUUAUUCAGAGGAUGAGGGAGAAAGCUGCUUCCUUGCCCAAUGUGCAAUUAGAGCAGGGCGCAGUUACCUCCCUUGUUGAAGAAAAUGGGAUAAUUAAGGGUGUGAGGUACAAGACCAAAGCUGGACAGGAGCUAUGUGCAUAUGCACCCCUGACCAUUGUGUGUGAUGGUUGUUUCUCAAAUUUGCGUCGCUCACUCUGCAAACCUAAGAUAGACCAGCCUUCAUGUUUUGUGGGGCUCGUUCUGGAGAACUGUCAACUUCCUUAUGAAAAUCAUGGACAUGUUGUUUUAGGAGAUCCAUCCCCAAUCUUGUUCUAUCCGAUUAGUAGUACAGAAGUCCGGUGUCUUGUUGAUGUACCAGGAGAAAAAGUUCCUUCUGUUGCUAGUGGUGAACUGGCUAAGUAUUUGAAGACUGUAGUUGCUCCCCAAAUACCUCCACAGUUGUAUGAUGCCUUUUUCACAGCCAUUGAUAAAGGAAGCAUUAAAUCAAUGCCAAAUAAAAGCAUGCCAGCAGCUCCUCUUCCUAAGCCCGGGGCAUUACUAAUGGGAGAUGCAUUCAACAUGCGCCAUCCUUUAACAGGUGGAGGAAUGACUGUAGCUCUGGCUGAUAUUGUACUGCUGCGAGAUCUUUUGAGGCCGCUGAAGGACUUGAAUGAUGCAACUAGUCUCUGCCGAUACCUGGAAUCCUUCUAUACUCUGCGUAAACCAGUGGCGUCUACUAUCAACACAUUAGCAGGUGCUUUAUACAAGGUUUUCCGUGCCUCCCCAGAUCAAGCUAGAAAGGAGAUGCGCCAAGCAUGCUUUGAUUAUCUAAGUCUUGGAGGUGUCUUUUCAAAUGGACCCAUCUCUCUUCUGUCUGGGCUGAAUCCUAAGCCAUUGAGUUUGGUUCUUCAUUUCUUUGCUGUUGCCAUUUAUGGAGUUGGUCGCCUACUACUGCCUUUUCCCUCUCCUAAACGCUUAUGGAUUGGAGCCAGAUUGAUUUCUGGUGCAUCUGGAAUCAUAUUUCCAAUUAUCAAGGCAGAAGGGGUGAGAAAAAUGUUUUUCCCUGCCAUAGUUCCUGCAUAUUACAGAGUUCCUCCUGUUAAUUCAUGACCUCUGUAACAUCUUCAUCUUCUUGUCGUUGUUGACACCCCUUAAAAAAUAAGAGGGGCUCACUGCCAGUACAACACACUCGAAUUAUUGUCGCUGUAUCAUUGUCUUCUUUUCAUGAUCUGAAAUUACAGAAAUUUGGAUUGGAAGGUGCAAUUUUGGUUAUUUGUCAUCUUGAUUGUGAUGUUCAAGUUGUAUAUAUGUCAACAUGUAUCAAUUUUAGGAUAGAAGGUGUUCUACUGUUCUUUUCUUUUUAGAUAUUUUUAGAUGAUGUUUUUUGGAGAAUAAAUUGAAUUUUACUUUAAUUUAUCGUGGGAGGACAUAAGAAAUUUGUUAUUUUGACGUCCCUUUGAAGUCUGAACAUAAAUGCAAUGAUGAUAUUGUAGUAGAUUAACAA